AUGGGCAAUGACAACUCAACCUUCACCACCAACUACGGUCGCUCCGACCAUGAUCGCGACGAUCGCAUCAAGAAUCGCUUGUCCCAAAAAUACAGUGCCGAAAAUCGCGCUCAGCUGCUCAAGUGGGCGACCGCAACUAGCUGGAAAGACGUCCUCGAUCUGAAUCGUGCCUUUCUUCGCAAGGAGACGGAAGCCACGCCAUUCUAUUGUGGUCCAAUCUACUGGGAGACUGUGCCAAUGGUCCCCGCUCUCGAACGCCUUCACGACUACGGCAUCUUCACGACCGCCAGCCAGCCAUGGCGCGAGGAGGGUCCGGAAUUCUCCAAGUGUGGCUGCUGCGACGACUAUGCCUUCUUCCAUACUCUCAAGCGCGCAUUCGUCACCUUCAUCUUGCCACAGCCCGAUAAGAAUAUCUCGCCACAGGUUCGCAGUGACUUGAUUAAGGAGCUGCUUGCAGACAACCGCAUCUACACUUCCGUCUACGAUGGCACGAAGGGCUUCAGCAACUUCCCCAGUGAUCCUACUGAUUACAACACGCACAUCACUCGCAAGGCAAGCCGUCCUUUCCCAAAGUCACCUACGAGAUCAUGCUAA